AGAGAGAGGAAGAAUGAGUGAGUGAGUGAGAGUAACCGAGAGCCGCGGAGAACGCGCAAAUGCCAGUGAUUCAACACGACUUGGAGUAUGCGUCUCGCGGCGGCGAUACAAGCGAGCGUCGCGCGAAUCGAACGCGCGGACGCGCGUUUAUUCGUACAUCGCCGCGAUCUUAAAAUCUGUUUAGUUCGAAUCUGAAAGAUCUAGUGUAAGAACGACGAACUUAAUUUUAUUUCUCAAAGCAAAAUUCGAGUGCAAUGUACGAAGAAAUUAUCUCGUGUGCUUUGCUGUGCGGGUGGAGAACUUUUUUAUUCGUUGAUCCGAAACCGAUGGGAAACGGAAAGAUACCCUAGACAGAUAUUGAGAAAGAUAAUGCGAUAUAAGUAUCCCUCCAAACAGUAUCUCACGAUAAUGAUUUCAUAUCGAAUGAACAUGGAGUGUUGCAGAAUUUCCGGGGAAACUUAUAUAAAUUAUACAUCGUUUCGACGAGUGCUUGCAAAAAAUUUUGUAAAUGUUUGAAUGUGUUGAAGUGUGUUUUUAGUGUAAACGACAUGAAUCGAAAGUUUUAAACAGUGAAAAGUGAGUGUAUUUUUGUGUUAACUUAUCUAAUGUUACUCCAUUAAUUAGCAAAAUCCUAAUUUUAAUAGAUUUUCUAAUUAUAUUGAUCAAGCAUCGAGAGAGAUUUAAUUGAAAAUUCUCUUAUGCGGAAGGCAUUUCUUCGCAAAGUGCGUCCGAAUCAUCGAGAGAGAUCGCAUGAAGAAUGGCGGAGAAGAGAAGAGAAUGGGAGUGAAACAAACAUAACAUAAUUGUUCGAGGGCAGAGAAAGUAUCUUGAAUUUCAAGGUACACAUUUUCGUGUUUGGUUAAAUAUUGGUGCAAAAUACCCAGCAGAAUCGAUGAGCUUAUUAAACGAUUAUCGACAGAGUAAAAUCGUAAUUUAAGAAGAAAAUGCUGAUAUAAUCCAUCAGUUAAUGACUUUUAUGUCAAUAUAUUAAAUGGAAAUGCACAUACAGAUAGAUAUAUUUUAAGUUAUAGUAAGUUGUGUGAAAGUGAAGCAAUCUUUAAUGCGAAGAAGUCGUUUUUAAAUCCAACGAUGAAAAUCGUGAUAAAUAAAGCGACGUUGAACCUGUCUCGCUUGAAAGUGUUUAUCGAUUUUCUUUGAUAUCGGAUACGUUGAAUUUAAAGAUGCUCAUCACAAUUCUCGCCAAAUCUCUUCGUGUAAAAUGACCAUCGCGAUCGAGCUGAGGACACGGAGGAAAAAAAGAGGAAGAAGAGGACAAUGAGGGAGGAAAAACGGCAGUGGCAUCGAAAAAGGAAAGCCAUGCUGAUCAUUCACGAAUUGAAGAUCUCGGUGUUGCACUUUAGAGAGUUUUAGCGCAGAGAAAGGACGAAUAAGGAAAGAGAAAACGAGGAAGAAGAAGAAGAAGAAGAGGAAGAGGAAAGGCGAAUAGAAGGAUACAAAUAGUAAUAGAGCGGCAGAGAAAGAGAAACAAAACUGAGAGGAAGAAAGAACUCUGUAAAUCUACUUAUUUUUGUAAAUUCUCGUUUUUGGAGUUAUAACUUUAAAUUUUAAUUGAUCAGGCAAAUUACUUUCUUCCGUACUCUUAUAAACGCAUUUAUCGAUUCUUACUAUAAAAAUAUUUAGCCAUAUUUCAGCUUAAAUUUGUAGCAUUUGACCUUUUACGAGCUGAGAUUGGUUGUGCUGCUCUUCAUGAGGCCCCUCUCUUUUGAGAAUCUUAGAAGGCUCGUGGGCCGUAGGAAGGACCGCAAUGAGCCUUCCUUCAAGCGCAGCGAGUCCUUCAAACGAAUUUCCAUCAGGAAGAGUUAUCUGGAUCGAGGUAAACGCCGGAAUCGCAUCCAAAAGAAUCUGGAAACCGCUGCUAAUUUUCCUUCAGAACCAGCAGCAAACGAAAAAAUCAUUUCUCAGAUUAAGGUACAAGAAUCAAAAAAGAAUGAAGAAUCCUUUAGUCAUGAUUUCAUCACCUAUGACGAAUGGCUUCAAGGUGUCCGCUCUUCCUCCCGCGAGAAGCUUCAUGAAAGUAACUUCGAUUCUCUUCAACAUCUUAAGGUUAAAGCUGCCGUGAAACCUGCCAAUCAUACCGACUUGGCAGAUUCGAUCACUAAGGAUUUAAAAGUUCUUCAACUUGACUCUUCGCCCAUUUUAACGCCCAAGCCCAAGCUCUUCAGGAUCAUUAAUGAUGAAACGACCGACAAGUAUGAUACUUCCUCUUGGGCUCAAGAAUCCUCCAUGGAAGGAUCGCCUAGCGUUAGCAUUAACCUUGGGAGAAUAUGGAGAGACGCAGUGCCGGUUCCAGUACCAGUCUCUGUCUCAAUUCCAGUAUCUACUUCUUCAUGUUCCUUAGUUUCAAAUUCUUCGGUUUAUUUUCUCGAUAACGUUUUGAAAGAGAAAAAGCCGCAGCCGACUAUCACAAGAACGGUUUCGGCGCCUGAGAAACCUGUUAGUAAGGACAAUACUACGUCGUCGUCCUUUGGCUUCUCUCUCAAGAUCAGCAAACUCGCGGAUUUCAGACCAGGGAUGACACGAAACUAUCUUUUUCGCCGGAAGGCACCGAAAUCGUCACCCAGCGUAAACACAGAGAAUUAUUUUAAACGAACGAGCACAUUCAGAUGUUCUCGUCGUCGAGGCGGCAAAAGAAAUUCUCAACGCGCCAGCAAAAGAAAUCAACAACCUGUUAUCCAAUCUCAUACCAGCAGUCCGGUAUGGUUUAUUCCGCCUGAAAGACGUCGCUCAAGACGCCAACGACGAGUUUGGCGGGAGAUCAGAUACUUUCCUGAUGAAGGUCCAACUCUGGAAAGGCUCAACGACUGGUCGUCAAACGUGUCAGAUGAUCAAUUCGAUGAUCAGAAACUGCUGUUGUCGGGUGACUUCAACAUUCAACGAGAGGAUGACACUUUCAACUCCAUUGUUUCAUCAUCCCUAGGCUCUUUCUCGGCAACAUCAUCCUCAUCAUCAGCUUGUCUAGUCCCAAAGAUUAGCGACUUCAACGAAGAGAAGCUGUUCUCUGAAGAAUUAAGAAGCAACGGUCUUCUGGCACGUGGAACCACUUGGAAACUUUCGACAAUGACGAUGACAACGACUACGACAGCAGUGACGACGACGAUGAUGACGAUAAUGUCAACGGCGACAAGUACGGCCGUUUCUGGAAAUUAUUUUGCCAGCAAUCGAUUUCUGAGCUUCUUGGCCGAAGGCGUUGCCAAGGAGAAAUCGAAGGGUGGGAAUUCCAAUACGGCUUACACAUGUCUUUCGUCGACCGACAGCGAGGACAACAAUGUCAAUCAUUUUAAUGAGCGUAAGAAAAAUAUCAAGUUUUCGCAACAACGACAGCAACAUCUGAAGAAAUCCGGUUUAAGGAGAAGACCCUUGCGCCGAAAAUCGCAAUUAAAAAGAGCAUCCGGCCAACCGGUAUUCCUCGUGCGCAAAUGCUCAUCUUUGAGAAAACGCCCAAGAGACAUUACGCAGAAGGGUUACGAGAAGAAACGGACACGUCUACUUCAGCCGUAUGUUUCAAAGCAGAUAGGGACUGGAAAUGGUGGUAUUGGUGGUGGAGGUGGUGAUGGUGGCGGCGUUGAUAAAGGACUGGAGAGAACAAGUUACGAAAGCGGUGGAGGAGGUGGAGAAGGAGGGGGAAGCGGCAGCUAUGGCGGCGGCCGACCGCAGCCACGUACUCGGCGCACGCAACGACGUGUCACGCACAACGAGAAACGUUAUCACUCAGGUGGUCGCUUAGCGCCUGGCGGGAUCGCCAGUCCCCCAGGAUCUGGCGGCUUCACAGGGAAUACCGGAAACUCGAAUACAACUGCUUCAGCGGCAGCGGUAGCAGCGGCGGCUGCGAGACGUGGUAAUCGCCGACUUACACGCAAUGAAAGCCGUUAUCAUUCCGAGGUGCGCCAGGAAGCGGUGCAACAGGCUCUAGCGGCGAUGCAAGGACGGCCAAAACCGUCUCUACCGAUGCCGUCGAAGAGAACUUCUGUGAUGGCCAGAAGCCCUGAUCGAGAGAGGCGCGACAGUGGCGAAUCCAGCAGUGACGAGGACAGUGUCGUCACCGAAGAGAGCCCUGGCGCAGGUGGUCCAACUGGUACAGGUCUCUCUGAUACCAGUAGUACCGGUUCUGCCCGCGAUACUCCACCGCCGCCGAGACCACCGGCAAGAAGGCCGCCCGGUGCCGAUAUCACCGACAUUGCCGAGUACACACCUCAUGCCUAUUGCAACAUUCAACCGCCAGACGUGACUCACGUGACGAGUAACACUCCGGUUAGUCAACAACAAUCGGCGACGCGCCGGCCCGGUGCCGACCGGGUCAAUCGCUACGCGCACAUGGUCGAAGAUCAAAAUAAUACCGGUACCACUGGCCGCUGGAAGGUCUCCGCUAAAAUCCAACAGCUACUAAAUACACUAAAACGGCCGAAGCGCCGGCCACUACCCGAGUUCUACGAGGACGAUGAUAUCGAACUGGAGAUCGCUGCAAAUCCGAAAGAUCCGAAUGCUCCCAAACCUGAAGGUGGUUCCAUGACGUCGGCGAUUGGCGAGAUGCUGUCGGUGCCAUCUGGCUUGCCACGAUCUCUUGAAGCCGCGAUUCAAAGAUACGGCUCGGCGACAUAUAAAGCACCUGUAGCAACUGUCUUAGACCCUAAUGGCAAGCUUUGCGUAACUCUCACGUACGGGAAACUACUCAGUCGCUCCCACAAAAUUGCCUAUACUCUACUGAAUAAGGCUCUAAGUCGCGGUGGCGACUGUUGCUUAAAACCUGGCGACAGGAUUGCUCUAGUUUAUCCAAAUAACGAUCCGAUCAGCUUCAUGUGCGCUUUUUACGGCUGCUUGCAGGCCGGUAUUGUGCCGGUGCCCAUCGAAGUUCCUCUGACCCGACGUGACGCGGGUUCUCAACAAAUUGGUUUCCUCCUGGGAAGCUGCGGAAUUCAGGUGGCACUGACCAGUGAAGCGUGUUUGAAGGGUCUGCCAAAGACGGCGGCUGGUGAAGUAGUGGCCUUCAAAGGUUGGCCGAAAUUGCAUUGGUUUGUUACCGAGCAUCUGGGCAAGACGCCCAAAGAUUGGUUAUCCCCACCGCGACUCACGGAUGAUACGCCAGCGUAUAUCGAAUACACUACCGACAAAGACGGCUCCGUGAUGGGUGUGACUAUUACCAGGGCGGCGAUGAUGGCUCACUGCCGCGCUCUCACGCAGGCUUGCGGCUAUACCGAAGGCGAGAACGCCGUCUGCGUGUUGGACUUCAAGCGGGAGGUUGGCCUUUGGCAUAGUACUCUGACCAGCGUGUUGAAUGGCAUGCACGUGAUCUUUAUUCCUUAUGCCUUGAUGAAAGUCAAUCCCGCCAGUUGGAUGCAGAUGAUCACGAAACAUCGCGCAAGCGUUGCCGUCGUCAAGUCACGGGAUCUUCAUUGGGGUUUGCUUGCCACCAAGGAUCAUAAGGAUAUCUCCUUAGCAUCUUUAAGGCUGUUGCUUGUAGCGGACGGUGCAAAUCCCUGGUCUUUAUCAUCUUGCGAUCAGUUCCUCUCUGUAUUCCAAUCCAAGGGACUCAGGCCGGAUGCUGUUUGUCCUUGUGCCUCCUCCAGCGAAGCCCUCACAGUCUCGGUAAGAAGGCCAGGACGCGCAGGAGUGAACGCGACUGGUCGUGGAGUUCUCUCCAUGUCCGGAUUGAGUUACGGAGUUGUCAGAGUGGAUCAGGAGAAUUCUCUCACAUCAUUGACGCUGCAGGAUUGCGGUCAAGUAAUGCCUGGAAGUAUAGUAGUCGUUAUUAAAAUGGAAGGACAGCCGUCCAUUUGUAAGACAGACGAAGUCGGUGAGAUUUGCGUGCAUAGUGCGGCGACCGGUAGCCAAUAUUGGGGCUUACAAGGACUCACAAACAAUACCUUCAAGGUAUCUCCUUUACAAGCCGAUGGUAUAGCCUUGGGCGAUGUGGAGUACACGCGAUCCGGUCUGUUGGGUUUCCUCGGUCCUGGUGGACUUGUUUUUGUCUGCGGAUCACGUGAUGGUCUUAUGACGGUGACCGGCAGGAAACAUAAUGCUGAUGAUAUUAUCGCCACCGUGUUAGCAGUCGAACCGAUGAAAUUCAUCUAUCGCGGUAGAAUCGCCGUUUUCAGCGUGAGGGUCCUCAGGGACGAGAGGAUAUGUGUCGUUGCCGAACAACGGCCUGAUUGUAGCGAGGAAGAGAGCUUCCAAUGGAUGUCUCGAGUACUGCAAGCAGUCGAUUCGAUUCACGCUGUAGGAAUAUACUGCCUUGCCUUGGUGCCACCCAACUAUUUGCCCAAAACGCCAUUAGGAGGUAUUCAUCUCUCGGAAACGAAACGUCGCUUCCUCGAAGGUGCUCUGCAUCCAGCAAAUGUCCUUCUUUGCCCUCAUACCUGCGUCACCAAUUUGCCGAAACCGCGCGAAGUUCAUUCAGCGGGGGAUUCUGUUGCAGAUGUCGGUCCGGCCAGCGUGAUGGUGGGAAAUAUCGUCCAGGGUAACCGAUUAGCCUCGGCGCAAGGACGAGACAUGGGUGUCCUAGACGAGGAUAGCGACAAUGCCAAAAAGUACCAAUUCAUCUCCGAAAUUUUACGGUGGCGUGCAGUUAGCACCUCGGACCAUGUGAUAUUUACGUCGUUAAAUGCGAAAGGUGCUGUGGCCACUUCGCUGUCUUGCUCGCAGCUGCACAAGAAGGCCGAGAGGAUCGGGAAUUUGCUUCUAGACCGAGGCAGGAUUAAUACCGGGGAUCACGUGGCUCUUAUUUUCCCACCCGGCACCGAUCUUAUAUGCGCGUUCUAUGGUUGCUUAUACGUAGGCGCAGUCCCGGUAACUAUCAGGCCGCCUCAUCCGCAAAACCUUCAGACAACCUUGCCGACUGUUCGCAUGAUCGUAGACGUCAGCAAAUCCGUUCUCGUGCUGACUAAUCAGAAUCUUCUCAAGUUGCUCAAAACAAAGGAAGCAAAUAACGUGGUCGAAGUAAAGAGUUGGCCGAUAAUCCUGGAUAUGGACGAUAUGCCAAAGAAGAAGCUGCCGGUUAUGUAUCGGGCACCUACCGCGGAAAUGUUGGCCUAUUUGGACUUUAGCGUCUCGACGACGGGGAUGCUUGCCGGCAUCAAGAUGUCACAUGCGGCAGUGACUUCAUUGUGCCGCGCCAUGAAAUUAGCGUGCGAGCUCUAUCCCUCUAGACACAUCGCUCUUUGUCUAGAUCCAUAUUCAGGUCUUGGCUUUGCAUUGUGGUGUCUUAGCAGUAUAUACAGUGGACAUCAUUCCAUACUAAUACCACCAUCUGAGGUGGAAGCUAAUCCCGCACUCUGGUUAUCAGCGGUCAGUCAGUCCAGAGUAAGAGAUACGUUCUGCUCGUACGGUGUUAUGGAAUUGUGCACCAAGGGACUCGGCUCUUCAGUUCACGCGCUUAAAGCACGAGGAGUCAGUCUUGCGUGCGUCAGGACGUGUGUCGUCGUCGCCGAGGAAAGACCACGCAUAGCAUUAACGUCGAGUUUUAGCAAACUAUUUUCUGCUCUAGGUUUGAGUCCGCGCGCGGUCUCCACCUCGUUUGGCUGCCGAGUGAACACAGCUAUUUGCUUACAGGGGGCUUCUAGUCCAGAGCCUUCGACGGUCUACGUGGACCUCCGCGCAUUACGUAACGAUCGAGUGUCCUUAGUAGAACGCGGAAGUCCGCACUCUCUGUGCUUGAUGGAAUCGGGCAAACUGUUACCCGGCGUGAAGGUGAUCAUCGCGAACCCCGAGACGAAAGGUCAGUGUGGUGACUCGCAUUUAGGCGAGAUCUGGGUGCAAUCGUCGCAUAAUGCGAGUGGUUACUUCACCAUCUACGGCGAUGAGAGCGAUUAUGCUGACCACUUCAACGCGCGGCUGGUCACCGGCAACACGAACGAGGUUUACGCGAGAACCGGCUACCUUGGCUUCUUGAGAAGGACCGAGAGCGUUCAGCAAUCCGUGAUCAGCGAUGUGCCUGGCGCCACUGACACCACUAACCCGACCGAGGCUGAGCUAGUGUCGAACGAUCCAGAACUGCACGACGCCGUGUUUGUCGUUGGUGCUCUCGAUGAAGCCAUACUGUUGCGGGGUAUGCGCUAUCAUCCGAUAGACAUCGAGAACAGUGUCAUGCGAUGUCACAAGAAAAUCGCAGAAUGUGCUGUAUUCACAUGGACCAAUCUCCUAGUGGUAGUGGUAGAACUAGACGGUAGUGAAAGCGAGGCUCUCGACCUCGUGGCUCUGGUAACGAGUGCUGUGCUCGAGGAACACCAUUUGGUGGUCGGCGUAGUGGUCGUAGUGGAUCCCGGUGUGGUUCCCAUCAAUUCGCGUGGUGAGAAACAACGGAUGCACCUGCGCGACGGUUUCCUCGCGGACCAACUCGAUCCCAUCUACGUGGCGUACAAUAUGUGAACGAAUAAUGUGCAAGAGAAGGUUCUUACCUGCUCCGUAUUCCGCCCUUCUCCCCGUCGACGUUUUUUAUCCAACGUGCCGAGACUGCAAUGGAAUUCCAUUUGCUUCAAGUAUGACGAUAGAAUAAAUAAUCUUCGCGAAAAUUUAGCUAAGAAAAAUUUCUUUUUUUUGUUUUCGUUUACUUUAAUUUAUUUUAUUUUUUG